UAACAAGAUAGCAGGAAUUUAAAGAUUAAACUCCAGAUAAAAUGUACAAUUCUUAAGUUAUUUCACACAUGAGUUAUUUUCAAUUGAACAGGACUGUGUUGUGUUUGAAAAUAUCAAAUGUUUGAUCAUUUCAUUCAAACCAGACACCCCUUUGUUACAUAGGCCUUUGUCUUGUUUGUUACGAAACAAUGGCUAGUGUUGUUCCUGGUUGGGCUUUUAACCUUUUCAAGACCCAGUUUAAAUGAUAGGAAAUAAAAGGAAAGGCUUAAAAAACAAGGAGUUACUUUGAAAAUGAAGUGACUGACAGUUUAAAUAAAGCUAUACUAUAUGGAGCAAUGCAGGAACAGAGUGAAAGUUAGAAAUGAAAAAGCAGCCAGAUCCACAAAGCGUACUGUACUGGUACAUAAAGUAAGAAGAAUGCCUGAAGCUCUUCUCUGUACACCGGAGAUGCAAGCUUCACGUUCACUAAUAAGUGAAGUUCAAAUUGAGAAUCUGCCCAAGCAACAAGCUGAGGAAAUGCAACAGACAAAAUCAAGUCCACGUGAACCUAUUCCUGAGAUUGGAUCUGAGUUUACAUUUCAUCCCAGAGUUAGCACAGCAAGCUCAAAAAUGGUGGAAAAUCUUGGUAUGAACUUCCUGGCUCGACAACAAAGACAUAUGGAACGACAAAAAAAAUUGUAUGAAGAAAACCAGAAUCUACAUAACUCACCUUAUAAUCAGAAUCAGGAGUCAAAACGUCCAAAGAUUUCCACAAGUCUUACGAAGAGUUAUGAACGCCCUUCAACAGGUGGUUCAAAUCUUUUAAAGAAGAGACAUCGCCUUCCCAGAAAUCAGUUAAAAAAACGAAGCACCGUCAAUAGUGAAGAUAUGGAAUCCUCUCCUCACUCCCCGGUCCCACCUUCCUCCUCUCCCCUUGGUCUUCCUCCAAGAUCAAAGACAUAUUAUCCUUCCCAAACUCUUCCCCUUUCGUGUGUGAGCAACAACGUGAAAAAGAAAAAUGCAAGCGAUCCAUACGCCAACUUUGAUCGGCUACAGAAGGCCAAACUAAUAGCUGAGAAAGCCAUUAAGUCUAAAAAAGUGUUUAGUAUCCAUGGUCCCUAUCCACUCAUUCGACGAGCAUUAAGGGAUCGGGGAUGGGUGGAGAAGGAGUUUAAACUUCCGGUACGAGCGAGGACAAACAAACCAAGCGGUGAUUCCUCUGAUGCAGAUGAUAUUGAUGACGAUGAUGAUGACGAUGAUGUUAACAACCAUAAAGACAGCGGGAUUGGAGUAAGUCCUAGACCACCAUUUGAAUCCUCAGAAAAUGCAGCAGAAAACGAUAUGAAUGAUUGUUAUGGAAUAAUGGGUCGAAUGGUUCGCAAUGAAACCUCAAUGUUUCAAUGGACAACCAGAACUGGUGCAGUGGAUUGGAGAUUCCUACAGAAAGAUCAAAUUGUCAACCAUUUUUCUAAAGCAAAUUUUACCACCAAGGUUGGUCUAUGCGUAAACCUACGAAUGCUUUCUUGUUUUGCUGUCGGACAUUCCGAUACUUUCUUUCCAAGAUGCUAUCGACUCAGUAACGAGGAUGACAAGUUAGAUUUUAUUGAUGACUUUAGACUGGGAGCUGCAUCUGGAAUACUGAAGAUGGUUGUAGGUAGACAUGUAGAUGACUCUUAUGGAAAAGAUGCCGAGAAAAUUGAAAAUGGUCAGCUUCCACCUUCCAAUGGUUCCCAUGUUGUUCCAAACGAAGUUUUACUUUUUGCAAUUCGUGUUUGUGAUCUCUAUGUGCAAGAGAGGGACCAUGAUGACAUAGAUAUGGAUGAUGCAAGUCUUUAUACAUCAGAGGACGACUGGGAGAAGUUAUUACAUCAUUAUUACAAACUUGUACAUGAAGGAGCAGUGAUCGCCCACAGUUGUUCCUACCUUCAACAAUGUGAACAAACACUAGCCAGGUUAAAAGAGAGGAAUCCACAGUUUUUUACUGAAGGCGUCAAAAAUACUUGGAUUAUUAAACCUGGGGCUAAAUCAAGAGGACGAGGCAUCAUCGUUAUUAACCGAUUAGAAGAAAUACUUAAACUGGUGGCUGGUGACGCAACUUUGAUCAAAGAUAGUCGUUGGGUUGUACAGAAAUACAUCGAACGUCCUCUGCUCAUACAUGGCACUAAGUUUGACAUCAGACAAUGGUUUCUUGUCAGUGAUUGGAACCCACUCACAGUGUGGAUCUAUAAGGAGUGUUAUCUACGUUUCUCCUCACGCCCGUUUAGCCUUAAAAACCUUGACCCGUCAAUUCAUUUGUGCAAUUACUCGGUGCAAAAGAACGUUGAUAUGGAUGUCAACCGCAAUCCACUUCUACCUGUUGAGAACAUGUGGUCGUGUACAGAGUUCAAGACUUACCUCAGAUCCAGAGACUGCCAUACAUUAUGGGACGACCUUGUAUUUCCUGGGAUGAAGAAAGCAAUUAUUCAUAUCUGUCAGACUGCACAAGAUGUAGUGGAGUACAGAAAAGGUUCAUUUGAGUUGUAUGGUGCUGAUUUCAUGUUAGAUGAGAAUUACAACCCAUGGUUAAUUGAAGUGAACUCAAGUCCCACGAUGUCCAGAUCCACUGCCGUCACAAGUCGCUUAUGUGCAGCAGUGCAAGAAGAUACAAUGAAAGUGAUUCUGGAUCGUAAGAGAGAUCGGAAUUGUGAUAUCGGAUUAUUUGAGCUGAUAUACAAACAACCAGUUGUGGAUGUUCCGCUGUAUGUUGGGAAAGCAUUGAAUGUGGAAGGCGUCAUCAUAAGAAAACCAACCGUUCCUGUCCGUCGUUCAUUCAACAACAACAACAACACAAACCUAACCAAUAAUCAACCCAACAACAACACCAGUGAAUCUGAGACUCCGCCAAUAGGUGGCAGUAGAGUGCCCAAACGAACCGCCGGUGUGUACGCAGCAGCUCGUCCGUCACGUGUUACAGUUCGUACCACCAACCAAGCUCGUAACACGACGCAAACCAACUUCGACCACAACGAACACAAUAACCAUUCCGGUCGCGUGACAACUGAUCGCUCCCGAAGUCCGGUGAAGAUUAAAAUGCAAAGCACACUGAAGCGGUUGAACAACGAGGCGCACAAUAUCCCGACGAAGCCGAACGCCUUUAACUUACCGAAGUGCUCCCCAAGCAAUACUAGCAUCGGUUCCAGCGGUACAGCGUCCACCGCUUCACAGGCUUCUGUACCGCGCGUGCCUUCGUAUGGUUGCAAACAACCAGCCUACAGCAUCAAACUUCCGACCGGCCCCGACGCCCAGCACGCUGCUCCAGGUAACGGGAACACUCACUUCGUAAGUUCAUCGCAAGCGAAGGCGGCUUCAUCCAUGGGCAUUAUGCAUCUUGGCUCGGCAUACUCCAGCAUGAUCGCCGCAGCCAACCGAGGUUGCCUCCCGGGAAAAUUUAACCAUAUCCCGUUUCCUCCGCCACAAGCAGUGGUUCCUAAGACCUUUCCUUCAUCAAUACCAGCUGGAGAAAUCGCUCCGGGAGGUGGUACAUACACCCACCCUACCCCGCCCACAGGAGUAGUGGCCGUCACCCCGCAAAACUUAGGUCUGAGUCUUCCUUUCCAGAAGUUCUUCCAUGCGCAAGCGGAGCAAUACUUGGCGCAGCAGCAGGGACGACGUGGUCCCAACUACCCACCACCACAAGAAUUUCGUCUCGGAGGAUCGCGUCGCCAGCACGUGUCAGGUAUAUGCGAGUGGUUAGAAAAACAACAGAGCGAAACGGGGUUCUCGGUCGCUUGUUAUUAUCCUAACGACGGCGAAGCGGCCGCAGAAUUCCUUGAUACCUGCCUUGAGGCGCACGCGUCCGAACAAUUGACCCCUGUAAUCCCGUCUGAAGAGCCUCAGCCAAACCCUCUUGGCUCGCUAUGCAUGUUCAGCAGUCCUGACCCCAAACCCGCGCCGAUUCGUAAGCCGGGUCGACUGCGGAACAGUUACUCAUCAAACUGCUGUCCAUUCUCAAAGCAGCAGCUGCGUUCCCGUCGCAGAAAAUCGACCAUGCGCUCAGUUACCGGCGAGAGUGCCAGAAAACAAACGACCAAUUUAACCCCGCGUAACAAAGGCGAUAAAGCGCGUGCCGCAGCCCAUAACCCAUUACCGGUUCUAAAGCUUUACUCGCUAAAGCACAGGCAUAACCGCUGCCUGAAGCACAAAAGCGACUCCUUUCUAUCCAUAACCUGCCCCAGCUCGGUUUCACAAACCAGAUAAAUGGUUGCCAAGUAAGCACGUUGCUUAUCAUCCUCUAACGAAGCAUACAGUGGGCGGGUAUCGCGGGGAAAGGCAAACAACCAUGUAUUUGAUUGAUUGAGUUGUUUGCUGUGUGUUGAUUCUGCACUUGGUUUGAUCGACUAAACACUCGUGAGCAUGUCACCUCAAUCAUGAACCCACAUAUACUUGCGCUUACCUUUUCACUUUUAUGCUACUUGUCUUUCUAAUUAUGAUAUUAUCGUUGGCUGUGUGUUGCAUGUUUACCUACUAAUACUUACAUGUUUAUAUUUUAUCAAAUAUUAUGAUUACCAAUCAACAUCUCUAUAAAUCAAAUGUUUAACAUUGAAACAGUGCAGCCAGUUGGCAUAUUAACAAAAAAUGUUUUUAGUAAUUCCAGCUUAUGUGAAGGUAGUUUUUUGUUAUAUAGUAGGGUGGAAAAAGAGGGCACAGCCUUUAGCACAUAAUGUCCAAAUAUCCCGAUUGUGUUUAAAACAAUUAAUAUUAAUAUGGAAGUUGUGAGGAUGCAGUUUUAUAUUUAUUUUUUUACCAUUAAAUGGGGCGAAAUAAUAUAAUUAACAGGUGUCCCAUCUUUCCCCACCGUACUAUUGUCCUUUAUGUCGACAGGGCAAAUUAAACUGCUGUGGAUUUUUUUCAUCUAAUCGCUGUGGCUUUGUAACCGAUUUUGUUUUGUGUUCUAACCAACAGCAUAUGAUUUACAAUUUCCAAACCAACGCACCUUUUGAGUAAGUUGUAAAAUAUGCAAUGGUUUCCUUUAGUUAUUUUGAGCGUUCACUCGAAUUGUUGCGGUUUGAAAAUGCUGUUGUGUUUUACCCAUUGCCCAAAUUAGUAUUUUUAAAUGAAUUUACUAAUCCAUAAAUGUGUGUGUGUAUCUAAAGUUGCAAUUUUAGUUUUCGUAUUAACAAACUUUUCGUUGAUUUUUCACAAAUGUGUGUUUGUGUUACAGUGAUUUAAUGAGUGAAAUACUAACGGUUAUCACAAACUAAACCAGUUGUAGAACAGGGUAAUAUAUACAACGUUUAAAUUCGUGUCGUAAAACAGCCUACUUACACCUGAAACAGCUGAAAUGGCGUUAAUACCAGCCAUAAUAAUACUCAUAACGCUUGAGGCAAUUUUAAGCUUAUUGUCGCGUGGGAAAGAUUGAAAAUCUGUGCGCAAGCAUACAGGGUUAAUGCAGUUUAUAAGUGGCACCUUUGAAACCGCAUUGUUAUUACUAGAAUUAUGGUGUACACUGAUUCUGUCGCUUAAAUUAACGCGUAUUUAAUACCUUUAAAAUCUG